AUGAUCACACCUCCUCCCUCCACCCACGAUGCCAUUGUGGAACAAUCAACAACAAUUCCUUUAUCAUCAUCACUACCCAACAAUAUCUCCAUUCAACCCACAUCACCUCCAUACAUGCUUGAACAAUUACUUGAAACGAUACGAGACUCUAAAUCGUUAUCGGAUGAAGUAUUAAAAGAAUUGGCUCAUCUCUUUCCUUCUACAACACUAGUUCAUGCUCUUGAAUUAUUGGAUAAAGAAAAGAUUAUUAAAUACAUGGCCACUCCAUCACAACGAGAAUUAUAUGCAGUGGAACCAACAUCGAAUCGGAGUUAUUCAAGUAGUAGUAGUAGUAGUACUCACAGUGGUAGUAGAAGUAAUAGUAGUGGUUUGAAACUCAAUCACCUAACCAACAACAACAACAACAAUUACAAUUCAAACAUGAACACCACCACCUCUUCUUCCUCAUUCAAAUCCUACAAGUGUAUUUCUCAUAAUUAUUGUACCUGUCAAUCCUUUGCAUUUGGUGUGAUUGCAAGAAAAGAAUCCAAAUAUUGUAAACAUUUAUUAGCAGUGAUAUUGGCAGAUGCCAUUGGAUGUUACAAGACCAUACAAGUCAAAGAUAGUGAAAUGGGUUUACUAUUAUUAGAUGAAGAAUAA